UAUUAUGAUAAGGAGGCAGGACAUAUUGUGGAAAUAUUUGUAGUUAGUUGUCUUUAUUCCUUUACCAUCUUGGUGCUCCCGGGGAUAAAUAACUAGCCACCUACUCGAUAUGGAGACGGGGAGGCGGAAAGGUCUGAGUGGUGUCUUGUCUUCCCUGUCGCUGCUUUGCGUAGUUUUGGAUUUGCAGCUGGAUGGUGUUUUUGGCGCCACCCCUGUGGAGAUUGAGCAGCACUUGGAAAUGGGCCGCAAGCUGCUUGCUGCUGGGCAGUUGGCAGAGGCGCUGUCCCACUACCACUCCGCUGUGGAAGGUGACUCCAAAAACUACCUGACAUAUUACAAGCGUGCAGCUGUGUUUCUGGCUAUGGGGCGGUCCAAAUCAGCCCUUCCAGACCUCACCAGAGCCAUCCAGCUCAAACCAGACUUCCUUCCUGCCAGGCUCCAGAGAGGCAAUAUCCUGUUGAAACAGGGCAACACUCAGGAGGCCCGGGAAGACUUUCAGGCAGUGCUGAGUGGAGAUGCAGGCCAUGAGGAGGCUACAUCUCAGCUGCUGAAGGUGGAGGAGCUGGAGAAGCUGCAGAGAGAGGCCCACAGUGCACACCGCAAAGGGGACUACAUGGCUACCAUCACUGUGCUGGACCGAGUCAUAGAGCUCUCCCCUUGGGACCCAGAGUCCAGAGAGCUGAGGGCGGAGUGCUUCAUCCGGCUGGGGGAUUCUCGCAAGGCCAUCCAGGAUCUGUUGCCCACCACCCGCCUCCGAAAUGACAACCGGGCCGCCUUCCUGCUGCUCAGCACCCUAUACUAUGGGCUGGGGGAGCACCAGGAGGCUCUGAGCCAAGUCCGUGAGUGUCUGAAACUAGACCAGGAUGACAGGGAGUGUUUCUCCCACUACAAGCAAGUGAAGAAGAUCAGCAAGCAGCUGGAUUCUGCAGAGCAGCUGAUUUCCGACCACAGAUACCAGCAGGCAAUAGAGAAGUACGAGUCAAUAAUGAAGACAGAGCCCAGCGUGCCAUAUUACACUAACAGAGCCAAGGAGAGGAUCUGUCACUGUCUGGUCAAGAACCAGCGAACCAGAGAGGCACUGGAUGUGUGCUCCGAAGCGCACCAGAGAGACCCUCGAAACAUCAACAUCCUCAGGGACAGAGCAGAGGCGUACAUCCUAAACCAGGACUAUGAGAAAGCUGUGGGAGAUUAUCAGGAGGCACGAGAGUUUGAUGGGGACAACCAGGAGAUUCGGGAGGGGUUAGAACGGGCACAGAAGCUACUCAAACAGUCCCGCAAGAGAGACUACUAUAAGAUCCUUGGAGUGCACAGGAGUGCUAACAAACAGGAAAUCAUCAAGGCGUACAGGAAGCUGGCCCAACAGUGGCACCCAGACAACUUCCAGUCUGAGUCUGACAAAAAGGAGGCGGAGAAGAAGUUCAUUGACAUUGCUUCUGCCAAAGAGGUGCUCACAGAUCCAGAAAUGCGGCAGAAGUUUGAUGCAGGCGAAGACCCCCUGGACCCUGAGAGUCAGCAUGGGGGUGGUGAAGGAGGACAUGGCUGGCCCUUUGACUUCAACCCUUUUGGGUCUGGUGGAAACUUCCACUUCAGAUUUCACCACAACUAGUGUUAGCGUUGUGAGGACUUCGAGAGAAGGCGAGAGGGAGGAGACAAAGGAGUGUUGAGGAAGUGCACAAAGAAAAGGAACGUGAUGACGGGCGCUUGGAGAGAGGCCCUGACCAUCGGGACUCGAGGUGAACGAUGGACUACACCUUGCUUGCUUCAUAGGGGAAUUGGAGCUGAGGUAUUGGUGGACAUGAAGAUUUGGACUUCUAGCAUCUUCUUCCACAAAAGACUUUGGAACUUAUUUAGAGGUGGGGGUGUAGGGGAAGGGUUGUUUGCACCCCACCCAACCCCCAAUGUGGGGGUUACUGCACUGGGACUUGUGCUAACAUGCUGUCCUGUUGUUAAUUAAAGAAAGCACAGAGGUGAACAAACAUGGUUGAAGUGCAGUGCAUUGCAUUUUUUUUUUCAUUCAUCAAAAUCAGCCUAAAAUCCAGACUGUUUCUUUUUAAGUCUGUUCUCAUAUUUGCUUUGUUUUUUGUGAUGUUUGUAUGAAGAAGAAGACCUUUUGUUGUCACUUCUGUGUUGCUUCUUUUUUGAAGCUUCUAAACUCCA